CAGGGUUUUGUGAGAUUGUUUACAUCGGCAGAGACUCUCAGGCGUCCUCAUUUUGAUGUAUGGUAUUUAAAAGGGCAAGCAAUGGAGUCUGCUCCACCCCUAAAUUUGUCCACCACAGUCAAAGUGGUGGAACUAAAGGCCAUAGUGCCAGAUUUAGAAACCCAAGAUUACACAGUGGAAGGUGAAUUGGUAGAAGAGAUAAGUGGCAAUGUUGAAGAUGAAGGGCACUCUCUGGCCAUGGCCUCAGGAAUGGAGGACCAAGAGGAGGUGGGCCAUAUUGAAGAGACCAAGGAGAAUCUGCUCAAUGAUUCCAAGGAAAUAACAACAAAGGAAGAGCCACCCAUCAUUGAAAAGGAAUACAAGUGCUCAGAAUGUUCUUUUACUUUCUCACGGGCUAGUCAGCUACGUGCCCAUGAAAGAACCCACUAUGAGGAGCAGGCAUAUGAAUGUGAUCAAUGUGAUGAAGUCUUUGUACGUAUUGGCUUAUUGAUGAGUCAUCGUAGGGGACAUCACCGUCAAAAUUUAUCUUGCUCAGAUUGUGAUGCAAAGUUCACUAACUAUAAUAGUUAUAGGGUUCAUUUACGAAGCCACAAAGGAGAGAGGCCUCAUAAAUGUUUAGAUUGUAAUAUGUCCUUUGUGCAACAAUGCCAUUUGCAUAUUCACCGGAGAGUACACACAGGGGAGAAACCAUUUAUGUGUGAAAUUUGUCACCAAGGAUUUAAGCAAAUGUCUCACUUGACAACACAUAUGAGAAUCCACACUCAAGAUAAGCCUUAUGUAUGUACACUAUGCAAUGCCUCUUUCUCUCAGACCAGUAGUUUAAAACGGCACAAAAGAAGACACACAGGAGAGAAACCUUUUAAAUGUGACAUAUGCAGUGCACUCUUUGUUGAGAGAAGGAAUCUAAUAAGACAUCAAUUAACACACUCUGGGGAAAAACCAUACAAAUGUGAAUUAUGCCCUGCAUCUUUUACACAGAUGAUUGAUUUGAAGCGUCAUCAGAUGUCACAUUCAGGUCUGAAGCCUUUUAAGUGUGAUAUAUGUGAAGCAGCAUUUAGUCGCAAGAACAAUCUCCAGUGGCACAAACUGACCCAUGAAGGAGAUACCCCAUACAGAUGCGAGAAAUGCAAUGCUGGUUUUAGUCUCCAAAGGGACAUGAAGGCUCACAUGAGAACACAUACUGGAUCUAAACCAUUUAGUUGUGAUAAGUGUGAGUCAACUUUCUCUCAGUUUAGUACACUUAAACGCCACAGACAAAGCCACACAGGAGAAAGACAUUUUGUGUGCUCAAAGUGUAAUGGAGCCUUUAAGGACAAAAGUGCUUUGAAAAGACAUCAGCUUAGACAUGACGGAGUGAGACCUUUUGCUUGUCAGAAAUGUGACUCCACUUUUAUGGAGUACCGGAAUCUGAAAAGACACAAAGUAACAGUUCAUGGUGAAGAGCGAUUUGAAGGUGGUGAUAAUGUGAUGGAACCCAAAGAAAGUGAGAACAUUCAGAACAUUCCACCUCUCAAGAAAAGGAUUGGAAAGCAUGACAGUGAUGAAACACUGAAUGAAAUGUAUGAUUCAAACUAUGCAUCAGCCUCUGUUGUACAGCCACAAGAAACAGGUCAUCAGCAACAGCAGCAUGUCAAUCAAGUUGUCUCAUUGCCACCAUUGACACCUCUUCCACAAAGUCAGCCUCAGGUACAUACAACAACUACCUUACCUUCCCACACACAAACUCCUAUGGUUAAUGAGAUUGUUACUAUUCCUGCCCAAGCUCCAGGGCAAAUGCCAACGCUGAUGCUCACUCAGCAUGGUCAACCCCCUCGACCAGGGAGACCAGCUAAUAACUGUCAGAAUUAUCAGUCACAUGUGCUAACAUACGUGGAAGGGAGUUUUGGUCAAUGGCAUUCAUGGUGCUUUUGUGAGACUCCCAACAUUCCUAAUGGCCCUCAGAAUAUCAUUGAUGGCACAACAUCAACAACUGUAGCAAGUCACCCUCCUGCUUCUACUGCUUUAUCUGCAGCACCAUUACCCCAACAUCAGCAAGUAACAUACACAGAACUCCAGCAACCACAAACACAACAAAACCAAGAUGCUGUAGGUGUUCAAGAGGUGACACAAACAGAGUAUCAUCAAACUCCACAGUAUCACACUAACUAUCCGCAACCAAUCCAUCAUUAUGAAGAAAGCCAUCACCAAGACCCACUAGACCAAAUAAGCCACCAUCAACAACACCAUCAACCAUCUCAUCACCAGCAGCUUCAUCAAUCACAUUCUCACCAGGAGGACGGUAAGAUAAGUUCUGAACCUCAGGUAUUUGCAAUACCAGGCAUUCAGCAAGAGCAACAAGAACAACAACAACAGCAGCAGCAGCACAGCAGCAACACCCACAGCCACAUCAACAACAACAGCAGCAGCAACAACCACAACAACAAGACCAGCAGCAGCAAGAAUCCCAACAUCACCAAGAACAUCAGCAACAGCAGCAUCACCAACAUCACCACCACCACCAAGAGCCACAGCAACUGCACCCACAGCCGGAUCAACACCAAGACUUAUCAGAACCUCAGGCUGAUCCUCAAGUGACCUUCCAGUACAGUUUAACAGUGAAUAAUCCAGCUACUGGGGAUAUCCAGAUCCAAAGUGAAGCAUUUCCAGCCAACCCUCCUGACACGCCUCCUAUCAAGAAGAGGCGUCUUGCUAAAACUCACCAGGAGCCUCAUGAAGCUCGGAUAUAUACUUGCACUUCUUGCCCAAAACAAUUUACUAGAAUAAAUCACUUGAUUAUUCACCAGAGAAGGCAUACAGGAGAAAAACCAUACCAGUGUGGUGUGUGUUUACAGUCAUUUACACACAAAAAUAGUCUUACAAUUCAUAUGAGAGGUCAUACCGGGGAGAGACCAUAUAAAUGUGCAACGUGUGGAUCAUCAUUCACCCAGAAGAGCAAUUUGCGUGUACAUAAUCGAACACAUACUGGUGAAAAGCCUUUCAAAUGUGACAUGUGCGAUGUUUCGUUCAGUCAGGGUAGUCAUUUGACUGCUCACAAACGAAUUCAUAAUAAUGAACGGCCAUAUGCAUGUGACAGCUGCCAACAAAUGUUUACACAGCGUAGUGCUCUGAAACGGCACAUAAUGACACAUACAGGUGACAAACCACACAAGUGUGAUGAGUGUAGUGCCAAAUUUUCACAGAAAGAUGAUUUAAGAAGACACUUAAAGGUUCAUACUGGAGAAAAGCCAAUCAUGUGCUCAUACAAGCAUUGCAAUAUGAAUUUCACAGAUAGAACAGGUUUGACAAGACACAUAAAAUCAGUACAUUGUGACAAACCAGAGUUACCAGGAGAUGGAAAGAAAAAGAAAAGAAAGAAAUCAGGAUCAAAAUCAUCCCCAUGCCCAAGUAAUAGUCCAAAAUCUGUGAAAGGAGGUAAAGCUAAGGCCUCAACUGUAGAACCAACUAGGACAAGUAGACGUCUGCGAGAAGCAGCUGAAAAGAAAAAGGUGAAACCAGAGCAUGCUGAUUUUAUUAUGGGUGAUUUUAUAGAUGUGGAUGUAGCAAUUAAUGAUGCAAAACCAGCAGCUCAGCAGAAAUCACCAAAGAAGAUAGCUGAUAAGUCUCAGGAAACUAAACAAACUGAAAAGGCAAGAAUGGAGUCUUGGUGCUUUUGUGAGGUACCUCAUGGCCCAGAUGAACCUCAUAAUCAUGCUGGAGUUGAAACUAAAACUAUGAAUGAUUUAACUGCCAAUAUUGUUAAUAAUGAUAAGGGAUGUCCAUCGAAGAUAAAUGAGAGUGAUACUAACACAGAUCUAGUUGCAAGUGCUCAUGCCACUGGUGCAACUUCCCUACUUCAGUUAUCAAUGGAACAUGUAGCUCAUGGUUCAAUUCCUCCUAGUACUAUUAGUGAGGGCCUGCAAGAAGCCACUGGUGCUGUGACCAUUGAUGCUUCAUCUUUAGUAGUUCCUCAGAUGGAAGGAGGACCACAAAAUGUAGUUGGGCCCGCCAGUCAACCAGGAGUUGCUUCAGUCACCCAAGCUUCUCCGUCAGUUGGGCAGAGCGUAAUGGGUGGCCAUGUGGUUACUGCCAUAAGCCAGCAUGGUGCCCAAGGAAGUGGGCGAUUAGUCAGUCAGCCAAUGAUUAGUGGGCAAGUUGUCACUGCUGGUCAACUGGUUGGCACUAGUCAGUUGAUGACACCAGAAGGUACAAUCUACAUUGAGGCCAGUGAAAUGUUAAGCAAUGGAGCAGUUGUGAUAAACCCUGGCCAAGGCACCUAUAUCAGCUAUGAUCAGAUUACAAUUGGAGCAGAUGGUCAGGUUCUAAGUGUCCCAGUAGGUGGCUCCACCGGAGAAACACUAAUGAUCCAACCUGCUGCAGGCUCUGAUGUCACUUCAGGCACAGGCACUAUUACCUAUACGACAACACAGCUAACAGAGCCUAAUGCUGCCCAACCCAUCCAGUACACAACUCUAAGUAAUGAUGUUAUUAAUCUCUUGUCACAUGUGGACUCAAGUAAAGAAAGUACUAGUUCAGAUCUGACAACAGAAAAGGCAGUAACAGUUGUUGCCAAACCCUUAGAUUGUUCGGUAUGUGCUAAAUCCUUUGCACAAAAGCGUACCUUAUGGUCUCAUAUGUUGGAAGCUCAUCCAGAUUUACAUUGUUGUUCAGAAUGUUGUGCAGCAUUUACCUCGCCUGAAUAUCUUAAUCAGCAUAAGGUCCAACACCAGAAACUGCAUGUGUGUUCAAGAUGUGGAAUGGCAUUCACAAACAAAUCAUCACUAAACAGACAUAGACAGCAGAUGCAUACAGGAGCUGCUGCUGCAGUAGAAGAUAAAGUGUUUGGUUGUGGAUCAUGUGAUGCCAGGUUCCACCAACAAUGUGACUUGCGAAGACAUGUGCUAGGACACACUGGUGAAAAGCCUUACAGAUGCAAACACUGUGAUGCUGGAUUCACCAGAACAUCAAGCCUUAAUAAACAUAUGAGAAUCCAUACUGGAGAGAAGCCUUAUACAUGUGAAGUGUGUGACCAGUCCUUCUCUUAUAGGUAUCAGUUUAACAGACAUAAGAUCACUCACAGACAGGAUGACCAAAGGAGUAAUUUUUCUGUUUCAUAUGAAUUUCAGGAGUAAUUUAUUGUAUAUCAAAUAAUGUGCAUCAGCAAGAAUUAGCUCAGUUAAUUGUUGAAUUGCUGAUACUUAAUAGGUAACCAAAGGAGUAAGAGUAUUAUGGGGAUUUAUAUAUACCAAACAGUAAUUAGGAUUAAUGAAAAUUAUAUGAGUGGGAAUCCCUUGUAUUCAUUCAGAAUUAGGAAGAUCAUGUCCCUGACAAGUCAUGCAUCCAGUCUGAAAAUACAUCUUUCAGAUAUGCCAUUUAACAGUAGAGGUACCAUUGGUACUGUGGCCCACCAUAGGGUAGAGAGAACUAUCAUUACCAGGUUAUUUUAUUCAUCUUUUCAUUUUAUCACUUUGUGCAAUUUGUAUGUGACACUUUCCUUUGCCUGGAUUUUUUGUUCAUUUUAGGAAGUAACUAUUGUGUGCCCAUUUCAAAUUCAGAUUGUGUAGCCAUACUGUGAAGUAGAUGCAAGCAAUUUAUGUUUCAUAGAGAUUAUUUUUAGUGUAUUUUGUUUACUGUAUUACCUAUAUUUUAUUGAUCUAUUCUCUUGUAUAUUAUAAUUUGUAAUGAAAAUUGUAUAUUGUACAAACUAUUAAUUGUAAAUGUAAAAUGUUAAUAUAGUGAAGAGUAUUAACCAAAUGUAAGGUUACUUAGUAACCAUUGAGAGUAGGCUGUAUUUAAAGAUGGUUUUCCUUUUUAUAAAGACAUCACUAGAUAGUGUAUGGAUAAUCUUUGUGCAUAAACAAAUUAAAAUGAAAGUCAGCUGAAA